UGAGUACUUAAUUUUAGCUAUGCAGAGGAACACAUUGGCUCCCAGGCACUUCCUCUGGUUUAGGAAGGCAAGGCCCUGGAUAAGAAUGACAAGACGAUCAUUCCAAAAGGACAAAUCCUGAUGAUUCGCUCUGGGACUUCCAGUAGAUGAGCUCUUCACUCAAAAACUGUAGCGGUUUUCAGUCAUGGAUACUAAUGAUGACCCUGAUGAAGACCAUCUUGCAAGUUAUGAUAUUCAGCUCAGUAUUCAAGAAUCCAUAGAAGCCAGCAAGACUGUAUUUUAUCCUGAAAGAUUUGUACCACUAAGUGAUCAAAACAGAAAAAUUGUGGAGGCCAUAAAACAAGGUCACAUUCUUCAGCUCCAGGAGUAUGUGAAAUAUAAAUAUGCAUUGGAUGAAGCUAACGAAAAAGGAUGGUUUCCAUUGCAUGAAGCUGUUGUUCAACCUAUUCAACAAAUACUUGAAGUUGUUCUGGAUGCAUCCUAUAAGACACUCUGGGAGUUCAAGACCUCUGAUGGAGAAACACCCUUGACUCUGGCAGUCAAAGCUGGUCUGGUGGAAAAUGUAAGAACUUUACUAGAAAAGGGAGUGUGGCCAAACACCAAAAACGACAAAGGAGAGACGCCCCUUCUGAUUGCUGUGAAAAAGGGCUCCUAUGACAUGGUGUCUGCUUUGCUUAAACACAACACCAACCUUGACCAGCCCUGUGUCAAGCGAUGGUCGGCAAUGCAUGAAGCAGCCAAACAAGGCCGCAAAGAUAUCAUAGCUCUGCUACUAAAACACGGAGGCAAUGUCCACCUGAGAGACGGAUUUGGAGUCACACCAUUAGGUGUUGCCGCCGAGUAUGGUCACUGUGAUGUGUUGGAACACCUAAUCCACAAAGGCGGCGACGUGUUUGCUUUGGCCGAUGAUGGGGCUUCAGUGCUGUUUGAGGCAGCAGGAGGGGGCAAUCCUGACUGCAUUUCCCUCCUGCUGGAAUACGGAGGAAGUGGAAAUGUCCCUAACCGAGCAGGGCACCUUCCUAUACACCGAGCUGCCUACGAGGGACAUUACCUUGCACUGAAAUAUCUUAUCCCUGUAACAUCCAAAAAUGCAAUCCAGAAAAGUGGGAUGACACCAAUUCACUCAGCAGCAGAUGGACAAAAUGUACAGUGCCUAGAACUGCUCAUUGAAAAUGGUUUUGAUGUCAAUACCCUGCUUGCUGACCACAUUUCUGAGAGCUAUGAUGAUGAGCGGAAGACUGCACUAUAUUUUGCUGUUUCUAAUAAUGAUAUUCAUUGCACAGAAGUCCUUCUGGCCGCAGGUGCAGACCCAAACCUAGAUCCCCUCAACUGUCUACUUGUGGCAGUAAGGGCCAAUAGUCAUGAAAUUGUCCGGCUGCUUCUCUCCCAUGGAGCUAAUGUCAAUUGUUACUUCAUGCAUGUGAAUGACACUCGUUUCCCCAGUGCCAUUCAGUAUGCCCUAAAUGAUGAGGUAAUGCUGAGGCUGUUGCUGAAUAAUGGCUAUCAAGUGGAGAUGUGCUUUGAGUGCAUGCACGGGGACAUCUUUGGAAAUUCGUUUGUGUGGUCAGAGAUAGAGGAAGAGGUGCUGCCGGGAUGGACAUCUUGUGUAAUAAAAGAUAACCCGUUCUGUGAGUUUAUUACAGUUCCCUGGAUGAAACACUUGGUAGGCGGCGUUAUCCGUGUAUUAAUAGACUACAUGGAUUAUAUCCCUCUGUGUGCUAAACUGAAGGCUGCACUAGAAGGACAGAGAGAAUGGCCAGAAAUCCGUCAAAUACUAGAGAAUCCUUGCUCAUUAAAACACUUGUGUCGGUUAAAAAUUCGAAGACUUAUGGGACUCGAGCGACUCUGCCAGCCAGCCUCAAUGGAGAAGCUUCCACUACCACCAACUAUUCAAAGAUACAUAUUAUUUAAAGAGUAUGAUCUCUAUGGACAAGAGCUGAAAUUACCAUAAUUUAAAAAUAAUAUUUUAAAAUGUGAUUUUUAAAAUGGGGUUCCCUCAGAGAAUUUCUUGGAAUCAUUGGGCAUCCUUAAAUGUAUUUAAAUCCAUUGACAAUUACUACUUGAUCGUGUGUUCUUACGGGAACACUGUGUUUUACAUCUUUAAAGACCUUUACAUUAUGAUUGUUUUAAGCUAGUCAAUAUCUUGUAUUCGAAUUUCUGCUGAUUAUCUCCACUUGGAACAAGGCUUCAAACUCUCCCUAUCAAAGUGGCUCUUACAAUAUCUAUGCUCAAGUCUCCUAUGUUUAUAAAACCAUCACUCAACCACUUUCUCAAACCCACACGUCCUGCCAGUUGCUGGCCGCUUCCUCUCCUUUCUUCUAUACCACACUGCAUAGAGCUCCUUCCUGCCUGAGCUCCAAACACUGCAUCUGGCUCUGCUCCCUCCACUGCCCUUCUCGAAGUCUGUAACAACCACCUUGCUAAUUUCAGUGAGCACACUUCAGUCCUUUCUGCUGAUUCCUGUAGUAUAGACACUGUUGCCCACUCCCUCCUUGGAAUGGUCUCCCCUUGGUUUUCACGACAUGCUGCUCUCUUAGCUCUCCUCUCACCUCCCUGACUGCACUGUCUCUGCCUUCCCUCUGUGUUGCUCAUCUCCUGCCAUCUUCUCUUCUUAUGCUAUGUUCUCUGGGAAAUUUCAUCCAUGUCUAUUGUUUCAUUUACUAUCUAUAUACUGGUGACUACAAAAUUUAUAUCCAAAGUUCAGCUGUUUCUCUCACGUGCUUGAGACCUAUUGACCUGUUGACAAUUGGCCUAAAGGACGGUUGAACACAAGGACACCUCGAAUUCAACAUGUCCCAGAAAGAACUCACUAACUUCCUCCACAAAGUGGCUCCUCCUCUUACGUUCUCUAGCUCAACAGUCAGCCCAAUUAUCAAUUCAGUUUCCUGAGUCAAAAGCCUGGGCAUCAGCCUUGAUCAUCCCAGUUUCUUUACCCCAUAUAACAAAUCACCGAAUCCUGGUAAGUUUGUCUCUUCUUCUACUCAGUUUCCUGCAUUUGGCCCUAAUUCCAGCUAUUGUCUCAUUUUCCUGGGAUUCUAUGGUGCCACGUAACUGGCCUUCCUCCCUGCUGUCUUGCCCCAUCUAACACACAUUCUACGCACAACAUCCCAGAGUGAUCUUUUACAAAUGUAAGUGGAGUUUCAGUCCCCUGCUUAAAAUCAUUCCCAUUGCUCUUAGGAUAAAGUCCAAAGGCCUUCCAUGGCCCUUCAGGAUCGAACUCCUUGCCUUCCUCCUUAGCCUUAUCUUUUCACGUCUCCCUCUCCCCUCCCCUUUAACCAUGUUAAACCCCUUUUAGAAGUCUAUUCUUUGAACAAUGAUUCCCAGACUUUUAGAUUUUAUACAUCAGUAGUUUCUGUUUUGCUAAUUUAAAAAAUAAGGUCAUCUAUUAAAAACAAUUUGUCAUCCACUAUUACCGUCAUUUCAUAAAAGAGGAGCGAUUUGAAUGCCAGAAAAUAAGAUGACCUUAAAUUCAAUCACUAAAAUUGAAUGACUUUAGCUUUGAAAAGACUUACCACUCUGUCUUCAUUUCCCCAUUGAUGGGUGAAAAUAUUAUUCUGGACUAACAAGUAUUUGAGGUUCUUUGUUUGGGAACCACUGCUGUUGAAUAGACCAUGCUCUCUUGCACCUCAGGCUCUUUGCAUUUUCCUCUCCCUCUGCCUGGAAUCCUCUUUCCAUCUCCUUCUUACUCUGUCUGCCCCUUGUCCUACAGGUCUCAGCUUAGAUGUUGCUUCCUGUAGGAUGGGAGGCCCCAACACAGCACUUCUCAUACUAUUAUAGGCACCUGUGUUCUCAUCUGCCUGCCGCACUAGACUAUAAUUAUGAGGGCAGGGUCUAUGUCUGUUUUGUUUUCCAGGGUUUUCUUAGGGCCAAAUACAUUCCCUAGAACAUAGAGAGAGUUCAAAAAUUAUUUGUUGAAUAUUUUGAAUGAGUGAAUGUUAUAUAAAACCUAGACAAAAAUAAUCAGUGACCUCAUGGUAAAAUGAUAAUUUUGAAUCUCUGAAUUGGUUAUGUAACCUUAAUGAUGUAAUUAUUUAGAUUUAUUUUUCUUAGGUUUUAAUAAUAUGUUUUUCUUAUAUUUAUUUUUAUCUUAGAGUUACUGUAUUCUUUCAAUAGUAAUUCUUCACUAGUUUGUGCAUUUUUCAGAUUGUAUUUAGCUCUAGUUAUCUUUGGAAGAUAAAUAAGUACGAAAAACACUGUAUAGUUAUUGCUAUAGUUUUAACCUCUUGUAUUCCCUAGAGGAUAUAUUUUUAUAUAAAUUAAACUGUAAUGUAUUUAAUUUGAACUAUACUAUUUUGUGUAUAAGAUUUCAUGAUUCCUGUCUUGCUCUCCUAGUUGUCACUAAAAUGCAUUGCUGCCUAUAAAUAUUGCUCUAAAUAAAUAAAAAAUACUAA